AUGUGUAGUACAUAGAUUGCACAUAGAACCGAAGCACGCAAAGAUUUCAAGUCGUUGUAAAAUCCCUAAAUCCCGAAAGUUUCUCACCCAGUGUCUGCAUCUAUACACACAAAUAUAUGCUUGAUUGAUUGAUUGAUGCAGUCCAUUUCUCAAAUCUUUUUUGUACAAUCAAGAUUCAGUUUUCCCACUUUUUCAAAAACUAAAACAUUCAUCGCUACCUGUACUAGUAGAAUGGCUUCAACGAAGGCUAGUACUAGUGAAGUGGGAAUUGCAAAUAGAUUGUGGAUCAAAUUUCACAAAGAGUCAAUUCAGGCUCUGUAUAACCCUUUUGUGCUCUCUUUGGCUUCUGGGACUCUCUCUCUUGAUUCUUUUAGGCAUUAUAUUUCUCAAGAUUUUCACUUUCUCAAGGCUUUUGCCCAGGCGUAUGAAUUGGCGGAGGAAUGUUGCGAUGAUGAUGAUGCCAAGGUUGAUUUUAGUGAUUUGAGGAAGAGUGUUCUUGAAGAACUCAAGAUGCAUGAUUCUUUUGUUCAAGAAUGGAGUUCUGAUCCAACUAAAGAGAUUAACCUCAGCCCGGCAACUGUAAAGUACACAGACUUUAUAUUAGCAACUGCUUCUGGAAAGGUUGAAGGAGUAAAAGGUCCAGGCAAACUUGCAACUCCUUUUGAAAAAACAAAAGUUGCAGCUUAUACUCUUGGUGCAACUACUCCCUGUAUGAGACUCUAUGCUUUUUUGGGUAAAGAACUCCAGCAAUUUGUAGACUCGAAUGAGAAUAGUCACCCUUACAAGAAGUGGAUCGACAAUUAUUCCUGCAAUGCAUUUCAGGAAUCUGCUCUGCAAACUGAGGACUUGCUGGAUAGGUUAAGUGUUACUUUGACAGGCGAGGAACUUAACAUAAUUGAAAAUCUGUACUACCAAGCUAUGAAACUUGAGUUGGAAUUAUUUUCAGCUCAGCCGCUUCUUCAGCCGACCGUUCUUCCCCUGACUAAAGCAUGUGAUCCCUCAGAAUAUCAACUAAUGUUAUUUUCUGAUUUUGACUUGACGUGCACUGUUGUUGAUUCUUCUGCCAUUUUGGCAGAGAUUGCAAUAGUAACCGCACCUAGAUCUGAUCAGGAUCAAGUGUAUAAUCAGAUUGCUCGAAUGCCAUCAGCUGACCUCAGAAGCACAUGGGGAGUCCUUUCGGGGCAGUAUACGGAGGAGUAUGAACAGUGCAUUGAGACCAUUUUGCACAGUCAGAUAGGGGAGAAAUUUAAUUAUGACGAAUUGUGUAAAGCACUUGAGCAACUAUCAGAUUUUGAGAAAAAGGCAAAUACAAGGGUAAUUGAAUCUGGAGUACUAAAGGGUCUGUAUUUUGAUGAUAUAAAACGUGCUGGGGAACGUCUUAUUCUCCAAGAGGGUUGCCCAGGUUUCUUCCAGAGUAUAAUAGAAAAUGAAAAUUGGAGAAAAAAUGUCCAUAUCCUUUCUUAUUGUUGGUGUGGGGAUCUCAUAAGGUCUGCUUUCUCAUCAGUGGGUUUAGAUGAUCUGAAUGUGCAUGCAAAUGAAUUUACAUAUGAAGAACAUGUUUCUACUGGUGAGAUUAUUGAUAAUGUUCACUCUCCACUGGACAAGGUCCAAGCCUUCAAAGAUAUCCUGCAUGAGUGCCGCAGUGACAAAAAAAAACUGACCGUUUAUAUUGGAGAUUCAGUUGGUGAUUUGCUUUGUCUACUGGAGGCAGAUGUAGGAAUCGUGGUCGGUUCAAGUUCAAGCCUCAGGAGAGUGGGGAGUCAUUUUGGUGUAUCCUUUGUACCAUUGUUUCCUGGCUUAGUUUUGAAGCAGAAGAAUUGGAUAGAAGAAAGCUCAGCUUGUUGGAAAGGGCUAUCUGGCACUCUAUACACAGUGGAAAGCUGGGCCGAGAUAAAUGCUUUUAUCUUGGGGAAAUAGAAGAAUUUGCACUGAUGAACUCUUGGCAUAUGAAGUAUGAUAUAGAAUAGUUGAAUCUUGGUGGCUGGUUUUAUUGCGCCCAAAGUCUGUCCCCGUCUCCUUACUUUUUAUUCACGAGGAUAUGCGAUUCAGAGAUGUAAUUGCCUUUCAUUCAUUCGGCUGAAGGUAUUCCAAGCUGGUUAAUUUUACGGCCCUUUCAAUAA